GCGCGGCCGCUGCGGCUCUGCCCGGCCGGAGGCAGCGAUGGAACGGUUCGGGGUGAAGUCGGCGCCGUCACGGAACCGCUCCAAGACCGCUCUGUACGUGACCCCGCAGGACCGCGUGACCGAGUUCGGCAGCGAGCUGCACGAGGACGGGGGGAAGCUCUUCUGCACCUCCUGCAACGUGGUGCUCAACCACGUCCGCAAGUCCGCCAUCAACGACCACCUCAAGUCCAAAACGCACACCAAGAGGAAGGCGGAGUUUGAGGAGCAGAACGUCAGGAAGAAGCAGAGGACUCUGACUGCCUCCCUGCAGUGCAACAGCGCUGCCCAGACAGAGAAAAGCAGCGUGAUCCAGGACUUUGUGAAAAUGUGCCUGGAAGCCAAUAUCCCCCUGGAGAAGGCUGACCACCCCUCGGUGCGAGCCUUCCUGUCCCGCUACGUUAAGAACGGCAGCUCCAUACCCAAGUCGGAGCAGCUGAGGAAAGCGUAUCUGCCCGACGGCUACGACAACGAGAACCAGCUCAUCAACACUGAAGACCGUUGAGAAGAGAACUGUUUUCGUCCUUGUUGUGAAGUUUUACAUAUUGAUGGUGUGGUUUAUUUUUAUAUUCAUGCAUAUAUACAGUGUUACAUAUUGAUUUUACAAGCUAUUUUGUAUUCUUGUAGAAAUGACAAUCUGCUCCUGAACUUAGCGGUGUGCCACAGAUUGUUGCUAACCCUGCUGUGCGCUUCAGAGCUACAUGGAUGUAGAGCUCCUGAGGAAUGUAGGGAGCAUCCCUGGCGUACACCUGACCUCUGUUCAGUCCAGCUGUAACUGGGACUGAGAAAAAGGCACUUGAAUGGAAGACCGCGCUCCACGGUGCAUCUGAGAAGAUGGCGUGGUAGGGAUUGCUGCUGGUGGCAGUGGAUUGCUUUGUCCAGUAUCCUGUCCCUGAGUGACCAAGAAGAGGUGCUGCACCUUUGAAAUACAAGAAGCCCUAGGAUGGUUAGUUAAAAUAUCACUGCUCUGUUGGGGGAGGACUACUGCAACUUUCUAUUCAAGCUUGGUUUACGAUUUGAAACGGGAAACAUUUUUCUUCUAGAACUUUCUCUUUUGCUGUUUGGUGCAACUGUGGAUGUAUUCAUUAUCCAGCUUAACCUGCCAGUGUCUCGUACUGACCUCUGAACUCCACUGUUCUCAUAAGGCUGGGAGUUCUGCAGGUUUGCCAUAUCUGCUUUUCUAAAAUCACUGUUCCUUUGUCUUGGUUUCCCAUGUCCCCUUCCAUUUCGGUGCCAGUAUCUGAAAGCUGAGUAGACAAACCAGUAACUGAGUGUGGUUUGCAGUGCAGCUGCUUUCAAGUGAAACUUAUGCUGGACCAAGUUCUUAGCAGAGAAGAUUAAUGCCUUUUCCCUACUAGCAGGACUAAGCUAAAUCUAGAUGGGGGAUGGCAGAGGCACUAAACUGAGGAGCUGGGAAGGUUUUCUCAUUGUGUACAGGAGAAGAGGCUGCUCCAUCUUUCCCUGACGGUCCUCUACACCUCUGGCCUUGUCAGCAGCCUUUCAGUCAAGGGAGGUGAAGUGAUUAAAAUAGUUUUUAAAGCAGUUACUGCAAAGGCUCUUUGGUGCUUGUAAACACAAGUAGGAAGGCACAUACACCCUGAAUUUAUACUGGAAUUACAGACCUGGGGCUGUAUUUCUUACUCUGCCAUGGCCACAUCUAUUGGACUGGCAAAAAGCAGAACGGGAAACUGAAGAAUUUCAGUAACGUUACUCUCUGCAAAAUCCAGUCUGUUACUAAGCCGUUCCAAAUGAUGAUGCCAAAUAGUUCACCUGACACAAGUAUUCUAUAAAGGGUUUAAAUGAAGUGAGGGAGUACUGUGCAAAGUGCUGGAGUACAACUGACCUCUGCCUGCUCUACAUCUCCUGGAGAUGCUCUGGGUUCAGAGAGGUGCCAAGCAUCUCCUGGGAGCACAGGAAUCCUCCCUCGGCAUGGGUACGGUGGUAUAAGGAUGCUUUAACUCCCAAGGGUGGAGCCAGUUGUCCGGCUUCCUCUCCCCAGCAGAGUUUCGCAGCAGUAUUUACAGCAAUGCCAAGGAAUUGCUGAAAAGAGACAAAAUAACCAGAUUAUUUUGGGUUUGGAGCUAUUUCCCCAGCUGUAUCUAGAGCAGUCUCCUUUGCUGGGCUGAGAGAGACUUACAUGCUUAGUAACAACUGGAUUUUUUGUGCAAUUAGUCUGCAGAAAUGCACUUGUGUUCCGUGUCCUCCUAUGAAGCCUGCUGGAAUAAAUGGACAAAGCUAAAAAGCAGGUUUCUUACCCGUGUGCAUCAGUCCAGGGGUGCUCAGCCCAUGGCUGGUCUAGGACUUCAGACAGAAAUAACAGUAGCAACUUUUUAAUCUAAUCCUAGAGAUCAAGAUAUGCCUUCCUAAAUACCAUUUUUUAUUGCACAAGCUUGGGUUUAGCUUAAAUCCUUAGCUGCCUUGGGCUAGAACUGUUAAAUAAAUCUGAAGCCAAGUGAAAGGUAAACUGCCAAUAGCCUUUUCUGUCCUGACAAGAAUUAAAAGUAUUUUCUUAUAGCUGCCGUUUCCUUACAGUGAAACAACAUCCUCGCUUUAAUUUUUAAUCUUUUUUGAAACCUCAGCAACGCUGUUAGAAUUGAAGCAAAUGGAGAAUAAUGGGACACAGAGAAAACAAAAGCAGCUAGAGAAAUGGGAUAGUCAAAAGGUAGGAAUCUGAGCUAGUUCACUCAGUUUUUGCUGAAAUGGUAUUUUCCGGGCUGCACCCCAUAACAGUUUUAUAUAGGAUUAGAUGCUGUAUGUUCUUCUCUUGACUGACAGACAUUUUGAAAUGCUUCAUGGGAACAUUAAAGAGGCUCUUGCAUAACUGAAAAAGAAAAAAAAAAUCAAGUUGCUUUCAAAGUUACAGUUUUACAUAAAAAUAAAAAAAUUGGCAAGUGUAAUGAAUUGAAUUUGCAGGACACUGCUGUCUUAAAAAUCAAGACAUCGAUCCAUUGCAACAAACAUUAACAGUGGAGUAAAACUAUGAGAAAUAAAGCACUUCCAGGCAAUCUAGAAAGAAUGAGUAAGUUUAGGAUCAUGAACAUAACCCAAAUCAUCAAGACAUUUUUAGAGAAAAUAUAAGUAAGUGGUUGCAUUCUGUCAUGAAACAGAGUCCUGCAAACACUCAAAUUCAGAACAUAAUUUUGCCGGUAUGGCUGCAGUUGGAUAAAACACAACUUCCUUUUAAUUGCUGUUGAUCUCAGGGAAGAUUUACAGCAGAAGUUUUCUCAUCUAUCUAAACCUAAGGAAUAAUUAAACCCUAGUUUUGAGGCUGUGAUGGAUUUGUUUGAACAGACACCAUGGGGGUUUAAUUUCUUGUGCAAGAAUGUAUUUCCUGUAAAGAAGAAAACUCUCAGAAGUAAAGGGAGGAUGGUAAAAAUGUCCGCUUUUCACUUUACAUCCAAAUGUAGGGACAAGCUCUAUGGGAUACUUUCUGCCUGGUGGUUUUAGGAAUAUAUCUGAACCCUAAAUGUAAUAGAAAAAAAAAAAAAAAAAAAGAAGAAAUAUUUUCUUCUCUGACCAAUACUUAAAACUAAUUUAGCCAAAUUAGCUAAAAUCACUCCCAAGUGUUUUUCUUGAAACCAUACUUGCAAAGAGUAAAAUACAAACGGGAGCAUUCUCUGUUGUGUGAUUCCUUACACGGACACACCAUGACGGUUUCAGCUUGCAUGUUCUUGAAAAGACAUGAGCAAGCUUCAAAAUUUUUAAUCAUUUUGAAGCCUGUAAUUUGGCAGGUCCCAUGGGAAGGUGAAGCAUUCAGAAUAAUGAAAGGGAAAUCUGUUUUUCAACAGAGAAAGAAAUUGUUCUGCAAAGUAUGGGAUAUUCUCAUGAUAGAAAGGUGGUUUUAACCAGGGCCCCGUUUAGCAGCUCUGUUGAACUGAAGAGUGAGAUGCUCCCUGUUAGGUUUUGCAGCAUGAUGAGCUGGUUUUCAGGGGAAUAAAAAAAAAAGCUGGAAGUUUGGCAAGGAUAAUCUCUGUUUAUAUUUACAUAUAAAGAGAGGCAAGGCUCACUGUUGUUGCAUUCACACUGUACUCACUGCUACUUUGUGUAAUUUGAGUGCUUGUUGUCUUUGUACAAUUUUAAAGUUGUGUCUAACUUUCAAAAUACUUUUAUUUUAACAAAGCUUCUCACUGUAAUAGUGCUGUUAGAGUUUAGUCUCUUUUGGUCUAACAAAGAUGCAUUAUUUUUGUUUUGGUGGUAGGGAUGUUUCGUUGAUGGUGAGUGGCCACAGAAAUGGUUUUAUUUAAAAAAAAUAAAAAAAAGUCAUGAACUUAUGAUAAGAUACUAGAGUGAGGCUGAAGAUACCCGGGUCCUGCAGUGCCACAAGAUUUACUGUAGGAACAGUAAGACCAGAGUAAGUGAUUUAAGUUUUUAUAUUAAAACAAUACUGAAGAGAAAUACUUUACAUUGUAAAGUUUUCACUUGGUAAUGAAAAAAAAACGGUCUCUUUAAAAAGAAAAAUAAAGGUAUUCCUUUUUUAUAGAAUUUAUGCAUGAUCUCUUAUUUUACCAAUCAAGUGGAUUAAGAACAUGUGGUAGUUCUCAUAGAGUGGUGUAACAUAAGACAGAAGAAAUGGAUGGGGCAGGAAAAAUGAAGGAGCUGCUGCUGUAGCUUAAGGUAGCAUCAGAUAUUGAGGCAGUUGGUUGAUUUAUCUGUGCAAUGACACUGAAGUCUGUUUCAGGUCUGGUUAUACAAAACCCCUGCUUCCUGUCAGUUCCUGAUUUUCUUCAUGGUGACAGAAAUUCCCCAAUGAUGCCUUCUGCUCCAAGUGAAUACCAGGCGGAAUGACUGUUGUGCAUUUUGACACUGCAGUAAAUGAUCUGUAGUUUCAGGAUCUUGCACCUAUCCAAGGCCUCAGAGCCAAAAGGGUCAGAGUUUGACCCCUCUCCCUUGAGAACUUAAUCAAAAUGGAGCACGUAACAUCAACCCAUCCAAGUGUGGGCUUGAUUGUUCACACAUUUCUUUUCCUGAAUUCUGACCUGUCUUGACAUCUCAGGAUGGAUCGAUGAUAAAUUCAGGCAACCUCUUGACUGAUGAAUUUAUGAACCAUUAUUUUCUCAUUUUCAGUCAUUUCCAGGUCACAGCACAUUAAGAUCAAGUGCUUUUUUAUUGUGAAAUGGAAAAGCAGACUAGAAAUAAACGUUCCCUUUGUAAAAU